AUGGUGGAAUGGGGCAGUCCAAAGGUGGAUCAGCCUGUGGUGGUAUGGCCGGCAACCUGGGUGCUCUGCAAGCUGGUGGCAUGGGUGGCAAAGCUUGUGUGGGCAGCUGCAGUGGCUGUGGUGGGUGCGGUAGUUGUGGUGGCUUUGGUGGCUGCCCUGGCUGCGCUGGGUGCUCCGGCUGCUGUGGCUGUGGUGGGUGUGGCAGUUGUGGCGGCUGUGGUGGCUGCAGUGGGUGUGGUUGCUGUGGCGGUGCCACCGGCUGCGGUUGUUGCGGAGGAUGCCCAGGCGUGUGCGGAGGCUGCGGCUGUGGUGGCUGUGGCUGCGGUGGCUGUGGCUGUGGUGGCUGUGGUGGCUGUGGCUGCGGUGGCUGUGCCGCUGGCUGCGGAGGAUGCUACAGCUGCAACCCCUGUGGCAGCUGCGGAUUCGGUGGGUGUCCUGGCAAUGGCUGUGGCAGCUGCCAUGCUGGCCCCAGCGGCCCUGGCUGCGGUACGUCAAAUCCUUCCAACGGCUGCGGGCCCCUCACAGCGAAACCUUGUUCCGGUAGAUCAGGGCUUUACUGGAGAUUGGGGAAAGCACGUUGACCAGUUGGUACCAUUGGCAGAGUAUCAUGACGGUUCUGCCAACUGUCAGAUCAACGUCAACUCACAUGUUGACACAGGCUUUUCCGUGGUGUUCGGCCUGUUUAUUGCCUGCUGGUACUUUGCAACUCGCCAGAUCGGACUGGUUUGCAGUGAGGGAGCAGACGCCUGUAGAGCGCCUCACUUCGUGGCUGCGAUCCCGACAGGCUCGAAUCGCUUGUUGUUGUGCUUCCUGCUGAAGAGCAAGUUCAAAGCAACCGAGCGGAGCACUCGUGGCUUGCCUUUCAGAAAUUUCUUGAAAAAGGACUAUUUCGCAGGCGUGAGCCAAGAGUUUGCCGAAGCUGCAGCUGCGUUGGAAGCGAGCCUGAAAUUCGUGCCGAAAGUGCUGAAUCCACACGAUGGUGGAGGGGCCAAGCAGCCGGAGUUCGUUGAUGGCGCUGAGCUAGCCCGAAAGCUCAUUGCAAGCCGUUGUCCUGAAGCUCUCUCCAGCUUCAAGGUUUUCACGACUGUUGGCGGCAGCGCCCCAUCAAAGGAGGCGCGACCGAAGGACAGCACUGGAUCAGCGUCCAGCAUGGAUGAGUGCAUCCAGCAAAUUGCCAAGGAGCAUAGGAUUUCUGCCCGCCGUGUGGUCCUUUUCACGGCUUCGAAAGACCUGGUUCGUGACGGGGCCGAUGAGAGCUGGACCGCCAUCCAUGUGCCCAACUCGGCAGAAGGCUUUCGUUUCGAUGAUGUCCAGUUGCCGAGCAACAGCGAUUCAGGCUUGUUCCAGCUACCCGAGGUCAUGCUGAAACAGGCACACUUGGGAUGCUUGUUCGUCAGGAUUUGCACAAAGAAGGCUAGCAUGAUAAGGAGGAUCAUCGUGAAGAUCAUUCCCUGCGAAACAUGCCCGGCCUUUGAAAAGAGAGGUGCUGAGCUUGCUGCGGCUGGGCUGAGCAGUUUUCAAGAUAGCUGA